AUUAUCAGAUUAUUUAGCAGCUAAACUUGCAAAAACAGUUUGACCAAAAAGUAAAAGAAUUUGUAGAACAGAACACCUAAUGGCGUCGGUAAAGUUUCCGUGGGAGUUGGAGGAAGAGAUACUGUCUCGGCUUCCACCUCGAUCUCUUGUUCGGUUCAGAUCCGUAUGUAAACACUGGAACGAUCUUUUCAACGACAAAACGUUCGUCAACAACCACUUGGCUCGUGCCCGUCCCCAAUUCAUCAUCCUGACCGAAUCGAAGAAGAUGUACUCGAUAGACAUCGAUAUGGGCGGAACAAUAGAGGUGCGUGAGCUAUCCUAUGAUUUUCAUUGUCAGCCUAUGAAGACGAAAUUUACAACUAUCAUGGCUUGCGAUGGGUUAUUGUUUCGUGAAUUUUGGAAACAAGGUGUUGCGGUUUGGAAUCCGUGGUUGAGACAGGUUGGAUGGAUCGAGUACGAGGAUAAAGGUUUCCAUAUUUGUGGUGUAGGAUACGAUAGUUGUAGACCCGAAAAGGGUUACAAGAUCUUGGGGUAUAUUAAUUGUAUCCGUAGAGUCAGCGACUCUCUCCAGGAAGGUUAUGACAAAGUUGCGAUCUACGAGUGUGCUUCUCAGGCGUUGAAGUUUAUUGAUACCCCUUUCAACCACUGUCCCACUAAGGAUCCUUUGUCCGUGAACGGGAAUCUUUAUUGGCUUGCUCAGAAUCGCGAGACUCUUGAGUAUUUCAUCCAAACCUUUGAUUUCUCCGUGGAGAUAUUCAAACCCUUUUGUCUCCUGCCGUGUCGGAAGGACUAUUGUAGCAAUGAACUUGUCCUGGCGGUUUUUGAGGAAGAUCGGUUUUCGUUGUUAAAGCAAUCCUUCGAAACAAGGAAGAUUGAGAUUUGGGUAUCGAAGAUGAAGAUUGAUAGAGAGGAGGAGGUGGUGUGGAUAAAGUUGAUGACUUUGCCAACAACCAACUUGCCUAAGCUAGAUUAUAAGUAUUGUGGCAUUAGUUACUUCAUCUUUGAAGAGACCCUAAUCAUGUGUUGUGGCGACGACGAAACUGGAGCGGCUUGCAUCUAUAUGGUGAGGGGAGAUAUGUUCAAGAAGAUUCAGAUAGAUUCUGGGAUUGUUCGGUUUUCUCAGACUCGUACCGUUUCCCUCUCAAACCUUUCUUCCUCCGUUGACGGAUUUGAAAAUUCAACUGUGGUUUUUGGCUACACAGGUCCUCUUCGAACUCGGAGACAUCCUCCGUUACUUCAACUGAGUGGUCCUCUUUACUCUACUUGCAAACCUGAACCUCUCUUUCUUCCUCUUCCUUCUUCUGGUUCUUCUGAUUCCGUUGGUGUCUCUUCUCAGCCUGAGAGGGAUCCUUCUUUUUCUGCUCUUGAACACAAAAACUCCUCAGACGAUGAGUCCCUUUUGAAAUACGCAAAUCUCUUGGGAUCUGGACAAUUAGGGAUGUGUAAUGAUCCUUACUGUACUACUUGCCCUUCUGAUUACUUCCGUAAAACAGCUCAAACCCCUACUCCCAGAGUUUCUGCCAUUUUUUAUUCCCCGUUCCAUAAUGCUCUGUAUGAUGAUGCUAAAGAUUGGGCGAGGAGAUUUGCUUCCUCUGUUAAUAGAUACUUACCUGGAAUCAUGAAUCCUCAUGCCAAAGAGGUUCAAACCUGGACUAAAUUCUUCGCCUUUUCAUGCUUGUUAGCUAUUUUUAUAGAUCCUCUCUUCUUCUUCCUCAUAAAAGUUCAAGAGCAAAACAAAUGCAUUAUGAUUGAUUGGCCGAUGGCUAAAGCUUUGGUAGCUGUUAAAAGUGUAACAGAUAUUAUAAUCUCUGUGAACAUUCUGCUUCAGUUCCGAAUGGCCUAUGUAGCUCGUGAGUCUACGGUAGUUGGUGCUGGCCAGUUAGUUAGUCAUCCCAAAAAAAUCGCCCUUCAUUACUUUAGAGGAAAGUUUUUCCUUGACUUGUUCAUAGUGAUGCCACUUCCACAGAUAUUGAUAUUAUGGAUAAUACCAGAACACUUGGGGGCAUCUGGGACAUCCGGGGCAAACUGCACGAAAAACCUUUUACGCGCUGUAGUUCUUUUCCAAUACACUUCAAAGUUAUAUAGACUUCUACCAUUUCUUGCUGGACAAACACAGACCGGAUUCAUAUUUGAGUCAGCUUGGGCUAAUUUUGUCAUUAAUCUUCUCACUUUCAUGCUUGCUGGACAUGUUGUUGGCUCUUGCUGGUAUCUUUUUGGUCUGCAGAGAGUUAAUCAAUGCCUUCAAAAUUCUUGCGGUGAUUUUGAGCGUGAAUGUCGAAAUCUUAUAAGUUGUGGUAAUGGAAAUAGCAAUGUAUCUGUAGGAGCUGCCUGGAAAGACAAUGCUUGUUUCCAGGAAGUUGGUUUUCCUUAUGGAAUAUAUUUAAAAGCGGUCAAUCUUACCAAUCAUUCUAGUCUCUUCACAAGAUACAGCUACUCUCUCUUCUGGGGUUUCCAGCAAAUAAGCACUCUUGCUGGAAACCAAGUCCCAAGCUACUUUCUAGGGGAGGUCUUCUUUACUAUGGGUAUCACUGGGCUGGGGCUUUUGCUUUUUGCCCUUCUUAUUGGUAAUAUGCAAAAUUUCCUUCAAGCUCUUGGCAAAAGGAAUUUGGAAAUGACGCUGAGACGGCGUGAUGUGGAGCAAUGGAUGAGCCAUAGACGGUUGCCAAAUGGUAUAAGAAAGAGGGUGCGAGAGGCUGAACGGUUCAACUGGGCUGCUACCAGAGGCGUUAACGAAGAAUUGCUCUUUGAGAAUAUGCCUGAUGACCUUCAAAGAGAUAUAAGACGACACCUCUUUAAAUUUCUCAAGAAGGUGAGGAUAUUUUCGUUGAUGGAUGAAUCAAUCUUAGAUGCCAUCAGUGAGAGGCUGAAACAGAGGACAUACAUAGGGAAUAGCACAGUGUUGCACAGCGGAGGUCUAGUUGAGAAAAUGGUAUUCAUAGUGAGAGGUGAGAUGGAGAGCAUUGGAGAAGACGGUUCUGUUCUUCCAUUAUCGGAAGGCGACGUUUGUGGCGAAGAACUUCUCACUUGGUGCCUCAAACGCUUUUCUGUAAACCCUGAUGGGACGAGAAUAAAGAUGCCACCAAAGGGAUUGGUUAGCAACAGAAAUGUUAGGUGUGUGACAAAUGUGGAAGCGUUUUCGCUGAGUAUAGCAGAUCUUGAAGACGUAGCGAGCUUGUUCUCGAGAUUCCUAAGGAGCCAUAGAGUCCAAGGAGCCAUAAGGUAUGAGUCUCCUUAUUGGAGGCUACGGCAGAUUCAAGUGGCUUGGAGAUACCGAAGGAGACGGCUUCAGAGAGUAUACAGUGCUCAGUCUAGUUACAUCCGUUAGGUUAUAUGCUUCAUUCUCGAUGGAUUGAUGAUGAUAUGUCUCUUGAAUAAGAAUGAACAUUUUGU